AUGAAUCUUGUCGAGUUCGGUGGCCUCAGAGGGAGGUUAACCUUGACUGGACAAGAGCUCAACCCCGUUCAGGAACGUCUGAUGGAGCCUGCGAGGGUUACCCUAGUCAGGCGCAUGCGCAGUUUCCAUCUUCUCAUCUCCAGCCAGAGACUUCGCCGGAGUAUCUCAUUGACAAUGGUCAGAAUCAACAACAUUGAAAAAAAUGGUUGUGAACUACUCUUCACACAAAGUCUUCAUGUCCGAGUAGUUUUCAGGCAAGUUGCAAGGACUCUCCACCUUCCCUUGAAGGAAAUAUACAUCAUGACCAACUGGCCUACCUACGAGGACGUGACGAAUCAACAAUCUGAUUCCUGGAACACCAUUCCUCUCUUCUUAAGAGAAGCCAUACUGAACAGUGGAGUGAGAUAUGAUUCAUGGAGAAUCAGAAACAUCUGGGUACUGUCUUCAUCAAGACUAGUUCAAAACGCUGCCUUUUAUUUCGCCGUUGCGAUUAUAAGGCAAUUCGAGUGCAUGCUGAAGCGCUGGAGCGGAUUUCCAGUAGAACAGUCGCUGUCGAUGCAAGACUUGAUCAACCACAUUCCAAGACACCUCGUUAAUCAGUUCGGUAUUCUCUCUUUAGAAAACGCAUGCAGGUGUCUUGAACAUCACGGUGUCUUGUCAGCUUCAGACGGUCCUCCGCUGACCUUCAUUCAGGCUGCACCUACUCCACGAGUGAGCUAG